UGUUCUCCCUUUCACCAAACGCUGGUUUUCUUUUGCGCAGACAAAGCAAGCCACGGCAAGAGCUCCAAAUUAAACGCACACUGUUAUCACCUGUGGAAGCGUAACUGGUGACGUCAAAACACUACUCCGAUGGUAAAAGUCCCCGUCGGGUCCCAUCUGCUGAAUGCCAACGCGAUGAAGUACCGAGAGCUCACACGUCGCCUGUCCACAUACCAGCACGGGCUCAAGGCUCUGGCUCGCGCACCCCUGUCCCUCCCUGUUCCGCACCGCACACCUAGACUAGACGCACCUCCAACUGCAGCGCGCCAUACUUGACCGCAUCAGCAUGGCAUCCACGGGGACGACGGCGGCGGCGGUGCCGGAGGUGACCCUGCGGUCGGGCAACGGAAAGCCGAUGCCGAUGGUGGGCAUGGGCACGGCGUCGUUCCCCGUGGUGCACGAGGCCGUCAGGGACGCCGUGCUGGCGGCCAUCGAGGUGGGGUUCCGCCACUUCGACACGGCCUUCCUGUACGGCACCGAGAAGCCGCUCGGCGACGCCGUGGCCGAGGCGCUGCGGCGCGGCCUCCUGAGGUCCCGGGAGGAGCUCUUCGUCACGUCCAAGCUGUGGUGUUCGCAGACCCACGCGGACCUCGUGCUGCCGUCCCUGCGGGAAACUCUCGAGAACCUGCAGAUGGAGUACGUGGACCUGUACCUGAUCCACUGGCCGGUGUGCCUCAGGCCGGCCGGCGGGCCGCCCAAGUUCCCGAACAGGAAGGAGGACGCGGUGCCGCUGGACGUGGCGGGCGUGUGGCGCGCCAUGGAGGAGUGCCAGCGGCUGGGCCUCGCCAGGGCGAUCGGCGUCAGCAACUUCACCACCAGGCACCUGGACAAGGUCCUGGCCAUCGCCGCGGUCCCGCCCGCGGUGAACCAGGUGGAGCUGAACCCGGCGUGGCAGCAGCGGACGCUGCGGGCGUACUGCGCCGACCGGGGCGUCCACGUCGCCGCCUACUCGCCGCUGGGAGGGCAGAACUGGGACGGGCGGGGCAACGCCGUGCUCGACUCGGAGGUGCUCGCGGAGAUAGCCAGGGCGAGGGGGAAGACCGUGGCACAGGUGAGCGUUACGCUAGCUGCCGGCUGCGUCUUCUGGCGUGCGGUAGCAGUGUCGUGGACGUUUGCCCCGGCCGGUGAAGGUUUGGUUGAUCACGCGUUCGUCGUCUACUGUCUGGUCUGCCACACCAUUCUAUUCAGUUUUGCCUUUGUCUUCCCGUAUUACCAGGUGGCGCUGCGAUGGAUACAUGAGCAGGGAGUGACGUGCAUCGUCAAGAGCUACAACAGGGAGAGGCUGAAGCAGAACCUCGAGAUAUUCGACUGGGAGCUGACCGAUGACGACCGGCUCAAGAUCAGCCACAUCCCGCAGAGGAAGGUUGUCGAGGCCAGCGGCUUGUUCUCGCAGGAGGGUGAGUUCACGUCCGUUGAUCCAGCGGAACUGAAUAUUGUGGAGGAAUAGGAACUGGACUGGAAAAUGGCCCCCGCCUGUCGGUGUUGCUCCGUAUAGGAACAUACGAAUAAUAAGGCAACGUUCGCCCUCGGUGUUUCGGGGGUGUAUUCCACGAUGUUUUCCAUCCCCGUUCAGUUCAGUAAAGAUUGUGAUCGUAUAAUAUUGAGGACUUCUUUGGAACGGUCGAGCUAUAGUACAUGGUUCCGUAAACUUUGUAUGAAUUUUCUGAUCUAAAUAAAGUGGGGUUUUACGAACAA